CCUACUAGUGACCAAAACAGCAACCAGUUUUAACUCUUGGAUAACAAAAACACAAAAUAUAUAAUAGUAUGUUAUUCAGUCUCAAAAUCCUCUCAUCUCUCCAAUAAUUCUUUCAUCUUUAUCUACUCCAAAUUGACCUGACCACUUUCGUCGUCGUCAAUCCGUCGCAAUUGAUCGGAAACCGUAUGGACAGGAUCGUCGGAGGAAAGUACAAGCUCGGUCGCAAGAUCGGAAGCGGAUCGUUCGGUGAAAUCCAUCUAGCUACGCAUAUUGAUACGUUUGAAAUCGUUGCUGUUAAGAUCGAGAAUAAUAAGACUAAACAUCCACAACUUUUGUAUGAAGCUAAGUUGUACAAUCUUCUUCAGGGAGGAAGUGGUAUACCUUCCAUAAAAUGGUCCGGUGUAGAUGGAGAGGAUAACGUUUUAGUUAUUGAUUUGCUAGGACCGAGUCUUGAGGACCUGUUUGUGUAUUGUGGGAGGAAAUUUCAAUUGAAAACGGUCUUGAUGUUGGCUGAUCAAAUGAUAACAAGAAUCGAGUAUGUUCAUUCUAAAGGGUUUCUGCAUCGAGAUAUUAAGCCUGAUAAUUUUCUCAUGGGUCUUGGUCGAAAAGCAAAUCAGGUUUAUAUUAUAGAUUUUGGGCUUGCCAAAAGAUAUCGUGAUGCAACAACCCACCGCCAUAUUCCUUACAGGGAGAACAAAAAUCUAACUGGAACUGCACGUUAUGCAAGUUGCAAUACUCAUCUUGGGAUUGAGCAAAGCCGACGGGACGACUUAGAGUCUCUUGGAUAUGUACUUCUAUAUUUUUUGAGGGGAAGUCUUCCAUGGCAGGGUCUUAAAGCUGCCACAAAAAAACAGAAGUAUGACAAAAUAUGUGAGAAGAAAUUAUCAACUCCAAUUGAGGUUCUAUGCAAGUCACACCCUGUAGAAUUCGCGUCGUAUUUUCAUUACUGCCACUCAUUGACAUUCGAUCAGCGGCCUGAUUAUGGAUUCUUGAAACGUCUAUUCCGAGAAUUGUUCACUCGUGAAGGAUUUGAAUUUGAUUAUAUCUUCGAUUGGACUAUUCUCAAGUAUCAACAAUCCCAAAAGAGUAAAAAUCAGUCACAUGUAAUGCCCGUCCAUGGAGAAAGCAGUAGCGGAGCUAUCCGAAAGGAUAUCGAAAGACAUCAAGGAAGCAACAAUGCUACUUAUUCAGCUGAAUUAACAGACCGUAUGAAGUCUAACACCGCUGCCAGUCCAGGUGUUCGAAUGCAACUAAAAUCACCAAUCAACAGAAUGACUCCUGAGAAUCCUCCCGAAAGAAAUACUUUAAGCCAUUCACAAUUGCCACCUUCGUCAUCUAGCGGCCCAAAAAGAUACCCCACAAAACCAGACUCUGCAAACCCUAAUCAUGCAGCAGACAGUACAACCGCUCCUUCUAGCAGCUGGAUUUCCUCUUUGCGCCGCAUCUCUUCUGCCAAGUGACAUACUCGAUAGCUUAUAGUGAAGAUCAAACACGGGGCAAAGAACACUUGUUUUCAGAAGCUGUAUAUCUAAAGCCUGUGCCUGAUGUCAUUCAUUCCAAACCAACUUGGGGUUUUGGCUUCUCGUGUAACACGUAAAUGUCCAUCAAGUGUUUAUUUUUAAUUUGAUUUCCUUUAAACAUUUCUUCAUGUGCACAUAGUUCUAAACCUGCUUUGUUUGAUUUUAUCUAUUGUGGUUGUGCUCUUAUGUUGUAACAUCUUGCUUUACACCUUUGUUUGUAUAAGCCCUUCACCCAUGCGGGUCGGGCCAUUCUUUUUUGGUUUCCAGUACCUGGAUCUGUUCUACUCAAUGAAGCUCAUGCUGUCGUGGGGCCCAGCCCGAUUCAAUUCUAAAUAUUCGGUUCGGAUCCGGUUGCUCGGUGACGGGUCGGCCUGAAAUACGGUUGCUGUGCGUGUGUAUGUGUGUGGAAUGUAAUGCUCAAACUUGUAAAGCCAAAGAAGUAAAGGUUUCCAUUUCUCUUUGUGGAGAAACA